AUGUCUAUAAAAAGCAAAAUAGUUACACAAGUUGAAGACGGAUAGGCAGAGCAUCUGGCUAAAUUGCUAUAUCCUCCAUAUCAAACGUACUUUCAUUAAGCCAAAGUUGCCCAUUCAAAAUAAACUCUAUUGUCUUCAUUAUAGUAGGUUGGAAUGAAUGUUCAAGAAUAUUAAGAUAAACCUGUUCAAUAGAUCAUGUAGGAAUGCGAAUAAAAGCUAAAGAAAACCUAUACGGUCAAAGUAGUAGGAAUUAAAGAUGGGGAAUUAGCAGUUAUCUCGAAAAGAUUCGCCUUGCCAAAGAAGAAGUCGAUGAAAUAGAUUUCGAAUAAAGAGGAUCCAAUAUUUCAAUUGUCUUAAUAACCAUACUAAAUUCAUAGUCAGUUUCCCAAUAAACAAUUGAAAGCUGUCAAAAAAGUAAAAGAUCCGCAAGACGAGGAGUUCAAAAAGAGAUUAUUAAAUUGGUAAGCUGAAUAAUUUGAAAAAAUGAAAGGAAAACCCUAAGCCGAAGACACUUCAGACGAAGAUCAGAAUCAAGAGUCCCAAUCCUUACCCUAAUCAUCUAACAUGAAAAACAAGAAAAGCCUACCCAGAAUCAAACUAUAAAAAAUAAGACGAUCUGAAAGUCCCAAAAAUGAAAAUCCAGAGAAAACAGGAGAUACAUAAGAAGUCUAUGCAGUUUUUCAUAAUCAGAAUUAAAAUCAAAAAAUGUCUUACAGCAGAUUGUUAAAUCAUGUCAAUGAUAAAUAGAAAAAGAACGACAAAACUAACCAAAGUCCUCCUCUCACCAAUUAAUUAGUAGUAGUCAACAUUAAUAAAAAACCACCAGAACCUCCUAAAUUAGGUGGCAUCAUAAUGGAAUUGGAUGAAGAACAUGAAAAUUAUCAAUCAGAUAAGAAAUAACAUGAUGAAUAACAAUAACAUUAAACUUAACAAAGUUCCUCUUUAUAAAUAACACAAUUUGUUUUGAAUGACACAGAUGCCAUGCAAAAGAGAUUGAAGAAAAUUUAAGAAAAAUUACACCAUAGUGAACCAGAAGGAUUAUUUUGA